GACCUCCGCCGCGCCCGGACGCGCACGACUACAGCGCAACGCAUCGCUUGCACUUGCGCCGCGCUCGCGCUAUGUCGCCCCAUAUACGUCACAAUUAUGUGUUUGAAUAUUUGAAUUUUGUUUGUUUCAUAAGAGGCUGCAGCCCAGAAAAACGUCAGUGAUUUAAUUAUUUAUUAUUUUAAUUUGUGAUAUUUAAAAAGUAACUUUUGAAGUAGUUGGUCGAGUGUUUUUAUUAUAUAAACUUUAUAACACGACGAUGGUGUCGGAAGGGGCUCUGCCCGUUGUAUGGUGUAUGCGCGAUAACCAACUUGUGCCUCACCAAGUUUCCGGUGUUAAGUUGCAAGGUGCUGUCACUGGAGCCCAUAUAGCCGCUGUAACAGACUUUUUACGCAUGGUGGCCGGUACUCAAAUCAUUUUACCGCCUACAGCUGUGCCCGAGAACUACGAUAAUGACAUUAAUAAAGAAAAGGAAAACACAACUAGACGUCGCAAGAUGUCAAUGCAAGUGGAAGUUCCAUGUGUUUUCCUCUCCGAGAGUGCACUACAAAAAGCAAAAAGUCGACAUAAUUCAUUAGAAGAAAAGCUAAUCUUUGAAAACUCUAGUUGUUCUACUACAAGGUAUUCGGAAACUGAUACACAGUUUUGUAUUAGUAAAAAAAGUGAAGAAAAACUCGAAAAAGAUAUGUAUCCCCAAAGAAUAACAAGGAUAAUUGAAUUAGAUGAUUUUAAUGCUGAUUUAAUGAAUAAAAUAGAAAAAGAACCAUUACAAAGAAUAACUAGAAUAAUUGAAUUUGAAAAUGAUAAAUUAUCUUCGCCAUUAAAUCAUGAUGAAGAAAUUGAAGUGCCACAAAAAAUUACUAGAAUUAUAGAAUUUAAUGAAGACAAUUCUGUAUCUACGCAUACAAAUAGUUACGAAGAUUUUGAUAAAGAAUGUACGCAUAAAUUUAAUAGAAUAGUAGAAAGUGCUAAAGAUAAUAGUUUUCCUAGUAUGGCUAAAAUAAUAGAAAUGGAAAAUGAAAAAUCAAAUGAAAGGAGAUUGUCCUUAACCUAUGAACGGGAAAUUGGUUGCGGGGGAAAUGAAAAUAAUAGCGAAAAUCCUAUUGUUAAAUCUAAACCAAUGCAAAGAAGUAGAUUUAGUGUAGACUCCUCUUGCUCCGAAAACUCUUAUGCUAACAUAGAGACUAUUAAGAGUUUACAGGAUGUGAGACGGGAGGACAUUACAGAUUUCAGUACAAAUCCUGAAUCGUUAUCUACUUGUAAGCCGAUUGUUCGGUCGCGUUUUCGCAGGAAAAAAACAUCUGUUUGUUCGAUUGGCUCGUCGGACUGUGAUGAUGAGAUAGACGUAAUUUUUAAGUCGAAACCAAAAUCUAGUCAGUGGGUGAGCUUGGAUUGGAUACCACCACCACCCAAAGAAGAGCCAGUGAUUACACAAGUCUGUGAUAAAAAUGAUUUUAUAUCAAAAUGGAUAGCUGAACAGAACUCUCAUGAUUCGGGAAUUGUUCCCGAAGAAAGGAGGAGAAGCCUCCCCCCUAAAUCGAAUGAAAUGUAUUUACAAAAUAUGAGAAGGUUUAGUGAUGGUUUACAGAUUUGUAAGGAAGAUGCAGCGAGUGACUCACCGGCAACAGUAAAAUGGAAAUGGCAUGAUAUUGUUAAAAGGCAUCUUCAAUUAGUAAAAAACGACAAAGGCUUUAGAAGACAAAGAGGAAGCUGGAUGAGAACUGCACGCCGGCUCUCAGGAACAAAUGAAAAUAAUAAACAUGUCGAACUUCCACUAGAUACAUAUAUGAAACUCAAUACAAUGCCAUGGUACUUCCGUAAAAUUAAGCGAAUCGAAGCUGAAAAGAAACUGCUUCUGCCGGAGAACGAACAUGGUGCUUUCCUCAUCAGAGAUUCAGAGAGCCGUCACAAUGACUUCUCAUUGUCAGUUCGAGACGGUGAUACGGUAAAGCAUUACCGCAUCAGACAGCUAGACGAAGGGGGAUUCUUCAUUGCCAGACGCACCACCUUCCGAACUUUGCAGGAACUCGUCGAGCACUACAGUAAGGACGCGGAUGGUCUCUGCGUAUCGCUUAACAAGCCAUGUGUCCAGGUUGAAAAACCCGUCACAGAAGGACUUUCGCACCGAACCCGCGAUCAGUGGGAAAUCGACCGAUCUUCUCUGAAAUUUGUACGUAAGCUCGGUCAUGGGCAAUUCGGUGAAGUGUGGGAGGGACUAUGGAACAACACGACACCCGUUGCCAUCAAGACGCUCAAAUCUGGUACAAUGGACCCGAAAGACUUCCUGGCAGAAGCGCAGAUAAUGAAAAAACUUCGACACAGCAAACUGAUUCAAUUAUAUGCCGUGUGCACUCUCGAAGAACCCAUUUAUAUCAUAACCGAACUGAUGAAGAACGGCUCACUCUCGGAAUAUUUACAAGGUAAAGGCCGUGGCCUGAAGCUUCAGACUCUCAUCGAUAUGGCGGCGCAGAUCGCAGCCGGCAUGGCGUACCUCGAGUCUCAAAACUACAUUCAUCGUGAUCUUGCAGCUAGAAAUGUACUCGUGGCCGAAGCGAAUAUCGUCAAAAUUGCUGACUUUGGUCUCGCCAGGCUCAUAAAGGAGGAUGAAUACGAGGCUCGCGUGGGCGCACGAUUCCCGAUCAAGUGGACCGCGCCGGAGGCCGCGAACUAUAGCAAGUUCUCUAUCAAAUCCGACGUUUGGUCCUUCGGUAUUCUUCUCACCGAGCUCGUCACGUAUGGCCGGACACCUUAUCCAGGCAUGUCGAACGCGGAGGUGCUGCACCAGGUGGAGCACGGCUACCGCAUGCCGUGCCCGCCCAACUGUCCCGCCGCGCUCUACGACAUCAUGCUCGAGUGCUGGAACAAGGACGCUCUCAAGCGGCCCACCUUCGAGACCUUGCAGUGGAAGCUCGAGGACUUCUUCACCAUGGACAACUCCGAGUACAAGGAGGCCUCGGCCUACUGAGCCAGGCCUUCCCUGCCGCCCCACCGACACGCACACGCGCAUCACACCCCUGGCCUUUAUCACAUGCCGCCGGAGCUGCAAAUGCUGCACAGCAGCGCAUCGAUGCAACACCUGCAGAUGCACCACGCGCUGCACGCGCACGCGCACCCGCACGCCCACGCGCACGCGCACGGGCCGCUCGCGCACGCGCACGCGCCUGGCCCGCUGCCGCACGCCGCCACGCUGGGCCAGCUGCAGCAGGCGGGCCUGCCGCUGUGCCACCGACACAACACGCUGUACCGCGCGCCCUAGACGCGCCCUCCGCCCGGCGCCGCCGCACGCAAUCGCACCGACCCCCCCGACUGAAGAAACGUCGACGUCCUCGUGUGUUAACGACGUCUAGUUUUUAUUACUCGCUCGACUCGAGUAGCCGAGCUCGACAUUUAGUGUUUCAAAUACGACUAAUCUUGGAUUCGACCGAAUUUGUAAUUGAGACGAUUGCGUGUGCGAUGUUCGCAUUAUACACAUUUCAAUGUAAACAUUUUCGCGGACUCGAUACCUUGUACCCCAUUGUUGAAGUAGCCGAUAAGUUUGUAACGAUUAAUAUCGAUUCGUGGGAAAUAAAAUUGCAAGUAAUCUUAUGAUUGCUACAUCAGAUUUGGCAAUAACCUUUAGAAGAGUAAGAUAACUUUAUGGAUACAUUUUUGAAUCAGUACUAUAAUUGCUAAAAUAUUAAUGAAAUUAAAAUUACAUGGUUUGUUUUGCGACCGCUGCUCGAUGCGGUGUACUGAAUUUUAUUGCUCCCGGAUCGGUAGUAAGUUUAGUUAGACUGCCUACAAUUUCUCUAAAUGUAUUUAGCGUACGAUAGGUUAACUUACAGUUCUGUAUCGAAUAAGUCGUCGAUGGACGUUCGCAGAAAAUACGAUUCCCUAGGUGAUAAAUACUGAUUAAACGAAGCGUAGAACACGUGCCGCUUUUGUAAACGAUUAUCACGUUUGAGUUGAAACAUACCCGGGCUUCUCGGCAGCGAAAUAGAAAUAGUCGAUUGUGUUGACGUUCAGUGCAGUUUUGUCUGGAUUAGCUUCGAAUUAGUUCCACUUAGUUUCGGAACGCGAGGGCGCCCUGGUGGCGGGACGGGCGGGACGAGCGGGACGCGCGGCGCGGUCGCCGGGACGCGGGCGGACGCGGGACGCGGGACGCGGGACCGCAUGUGUGCGUGAUCAGGAGGAAAUUUAGGUUCGGCAGGGAUUUUAUACUCAUGCGUUUCGCAUGACUCGUGAGGAUUUAUGUUCGAAGAGACGCAUUAUUAUCGGAUUAGGUAUUUUCACCUUCGUAUACCAUUUUUAAAUUAGAAUAACGAUAUUGGUGAUAGAUGCCAAAUAAUCCUAUUAAAGAACUGAAUUUUAUAUAAAUACAUUAUUAACUGUUCUGAGGGUAUUUAGACUUAGGGAUUUAUUUAUGUAAUUUAUACGCGAUUAGCCGCUUCGGUACGUUCGAUUAGAGACGAGACGUUUUAUUUAUACGCGCAAUGCUGACGAUGUAUUUUUAUUGAAGCGCGUGCGCAGUUUGAGUUUCCUAUCUAUUUAUCGUAAUCGUACUCUUCGUUAGGACGUAAACGAGUCGCAUCGUGAUGCGAUCCCUCGAUUGAUAUUUUAUUUGUGCCAAGACUUUUUAGUUUAAGCGAAAGUGUAAUGAUGCCACAAAUAAUAAUCUAAUAUAAAUGAAAACACGACAAGUGAACUUAACUUCUUAUUUAAAACUAAAAUAAGACAUAAUUGGCCUAAGAAAUUGAUAUUUUUGAAUAUUAGUAGGUUUUGUAUCCUAACACAUUAGAUUUAACUUAUAUUUAUAACGUAUCGGGAUGUAACUCGCCGAUGUCGUCUACUCAUUUGUUAAAACUGCACGUCUGUAUCGUAAUGUGCAAUAUUUAUUGUUUAAACCCGGUGCUUAGCAUUUUUAUGUUCGGGAAACUCGAUAUGAAAUUUCCUCGGAGCUUAUUUACAUCCUCAGAACAUUUAAAUGCAAUUAUUAGUAUCGUUAAAGGCAUAAUUAUAUUGACAAUUAUUCCAAUUUUGAUGUCACUGCAAAUUUUGCAUAUUGUUUUUUUUUUUUUUUUUUGAAUAUUUUCUCGCACCGUGUAUAUAUAGUACAGAAUGUAGUUUUGCUUAUUAAUGGUAUAAGUGAUAUUAGAAAUUUUGUAAUAAAACAAAAUACUGCCUUGUAGUUCACUUUCUUCCAACCAUUCCAAACGAAUCGCAAUAAUUUUAAACGAAAUGUUAUUUACAAAGAAUUUCGAUAUAGAGAUAAUUUUAUUAUCAUUUUGAUAAGACAGAAAUGGCGCACAUAAUAUAGAUUUCAUAUUUCAUACAAGAAAUGGUGCCUCGAAAGUCUACAUUUACGUCGCAGUAGUUACUUGGCCAUGUUUGUGAAUGUAUCACAUGAGCGAGACGAAAUUGAGGUCUUGUAAUAAAUGAAAGAAAUCACUUUAAUGUUUGACAUGAACGCUUUUAAAAAUAUUUUACAUGGAAUAAUAUUGAUUUAUUGAUCGUAUUUUUGUAAAAUUGAGUUUAACCGAACUUGUCUCGCUGAUCUGAUAUAUAUAAUUCGAUUUUGGAAUUCAACUGGUGAAGUGUUCGAAUGGAAACGUAAAUCAAACGAUCAUACAUUUAUGUAAAUUUUAUAUUCAUAAUAAACGUAACUUUUAUUCAUACUGAAUGAUUUUAUCUUUUUAUAAUAAACCCUAAACGACUAUUUACUCUGUAUUAUUUCGUUAAUUUAUUUAGAGAACUCGGUUAAGUUAUAGCUGUAUAAAGUGCUUCGGGCUUCGCUUCUGAAGUUGCUUAGUUUGCUAUCUAGGGCAAUAAUAUAUUAUAUUCGUAUUUUAACUUUUAGUUAGCCAAUUUUAAGUGUUACAUAUGAAAUGGCGCCAUCACAAUGAUUACGGAAGUCGAGUAGGUUAGGCUAGUGAGGGAUGAGUGUUAGCUAUAUUGUAUUUAGUAAUUGUUGCUGUGUUACAUGACAUUGAGUGGUUUUCAGUACUGUACAGCCGUAGCGAGUAAUUUGUCAGCGAUUGGACGGUGAAAUCGUAAAGUGCGACUGAUGUUAGUUGAUACUGUUCGGCGCGUGAGCUGUCUUAUUACCUCCGAGUAUCAAUUAAAGCUAUUUUAAGUUUCCCCUCCGGCCGGUGUUACACUGCUGAUUGAACACCAAUACUAUUUAAUUGAUUUCCUUUAUCCCCACGCAUCCAUUUCUAGGUGUAUCAUAAUGUAUGAUUAAGAAUUGUCAGUGUAAUGCCGGUGACGUAUGGUUAUGAUUAUAUUUCACUUAUUUGUAAAGAUUUUUUUAACACAACAAUAAAUAUAAAUGUGAAAUA